GACUGGAGUUGGAUGGGGAUGGGGACAGGGACAAGCACCUUAACCCUCCCACUGGGCACAGAUGCCCUUCGAGGGGCCCCCAGGGCACCCAAGGGUGACAUCUCCCAGGUGUCCCUGCAGGUGCUGGCCUGGGGGCUGCGGGGGCUGCGUGGGGCUGUGAGGGAACCCAGGCUGGAGCUGCAGUGGGAGGACCAGACCCUGUGGACUCCUGUGAUCAAGGAUUUCGCCUCCAACCCCAAUUUCCCCACCACCACCUUCCUGCUGACCCUGGCCCUGCCAGAGGAGGAGCAGUUGGUGCCCCCCAUUCGGCUGCGGGUGUGGGACAGGAGGAAUAGGAAGCUGGAGGUCCUGGUGGGACAGGGCUGCGUGCGGGGACUGGGCCAGUACCGCUGCAGGACCCCUGGCCUAGAGCAGUCCCCCCGCCAGGAGGAGCCCCCUGGCCCUGGAGACACUGGGACUGGCUCCUAUACGGUUGUGUCCAUGCCAGGUACUGCCCAUCCCUGCCCCAUACCUG